GCGAUCGCUAACAAGGCCAUUCGGGAGCAGUUUGAAAAGCUCGUUCAAGAACCGCUGUCAAAAGUGGCGGUAGCAUCAUUAUCCCGACAGUCGGUUGUUCUCAUUGUUGAUGCAUUAGAUGAGUGCGAGAAGGAGCUUAAUGUCAGCAUCCUUCUCGAGCUUUUCUCCACCCUAGGCUUCGCGGGUUCUUUAUGCAUUCGAGUUCUUAUUACCAGUAGACCCGAACUUCUCGUACGCCUAGGCUUUCUUUCUAUUGGCCAUACCCUGGAUCAGCAAAACAGAAGUGGUGUACCAGUAGCCCGGCCGAACGUUCUCAGAGACGGGAGACAGUUCAAACUUAUCCCAACGGAACAAACACAAAAUAAAGAGAAAAUAGGCGACAAGGAAGCAUGA